AUCAAUUAUGCAUAUAAAAGGAUGGACUCAGUUCCAAUGUUUAGUUCCUUCAGUGUAAUUUUUUAAGUUUCUUGGUUCAUCUCUGCAUACUCCAAAAAAUGCACUCGUGGUGCCGAAUUUUCUCGACUUUGGCAUUUCUGUCAUCUGCAAUUGCUAUCCCAGCUGCCAGUUCAGCGGUGACUUCAGCUCCGGCAGCUAGCCCAACUGUUCCUUACGCCAGUGAUGACCCCAACCUCCCUCUGUGGAAUGAAUCCGAGAACAUCAUCCCCGAACCUAUUCGCGGCACCCUUGGGGCUUCCAUCCUUGGACCCCAAAAUAUUCCAAUAGAGCUGCAAAACCCCGACCUCUUUGUACCUCCUACGACCGAUAGUGGAUCUGUGCCGAAUUUUAAGUGGCCUUUUUCCUUAAGCCACAACCGCCUUCAGACUGGUGGUUGGGCAAGGCAGCAGAAUGUAAAUGCCAUGGGUAUCGCUACUGCUUUGGCAGGUGUCAAUAUGCGUCUGGAAGUAGGUGCCAUCCGUGAGAUGCACUGGCACAAUGAUGGCGAGUGGGCAUAUAUUAUUUCGGGUGACCUUCGUGUCAGCACUGUGACACCAGACGGUCAAGUUUACGUCGGUGAUGUUUCACAAGGAGAUAUAUGGUACUUCCCUGCAGGUUAUCCCCACAGUAUUCAGGCCAAGAACACCACAGCUGGCGGCGCAGAGUUUUUGUUGGUCUUCGACUCCGGCACAUUUAGUGAAGAUUCCACCUUCCUUCUUACGGACUGGCUGGCCCAUGUGCCCAAAGAGGUUAUCGCAAAGAACUUCCAGGUAAAUAUUUCAGCAUUCGAUCACAUCCCAGCAAGUGAAUUGUACAUAUUCCCGUCUACACCUCCUCCCGUGAAUGUCGAGUCGGACAUGGUGGUUCCGAAUGAUACCCCGAUGCCUUUCACAUUCGCCAUGUCACAGGUGAACGCAACGCAGGCAUCAGGAGGUUCAUACAAGGUCGUAGACACGCGCACCUUCCCUGUCUCUACCACAGUCUGCAGUGCUGAAGUAACCGUCGAGGUGGGCGGCAUGAGGGAGCUUCAUUGGCACCCCACGGAACCUGAGUGGACUUACUUCAUUUCAGGCAAUGCUCGCAUUACUGUUUAUGCUUCUUCUGCUCAGGCAACUACAAUGAACUUCCAGGCUGGCGAUAUCGCAUACAUCCCACCAUCAUAUGGCCAUUACGUUGAGAAUCUCGGCAAUUCCACGUUAGUGUUUCUGGAAAUAUUCAGAUCAGGCUUGUUCCAGGAUAUUUCUCUGACUCAGUGGCUUGCACUGACGCCACCUGAGCUUGUUAAAGCACAUCUUGGCCUCGAUGACGCUACUAUUGCUGGUCUUUCAAAGGUCAAGCAGGAGGUCGUCGGCCCCGCCCAUUAAUCAACUUCCGCGGUGCCCAAGCUCUGGACCUAUUUAUCGCAACGAUAACACAAAUAAUUUGUCACGUACCUGUACGAGUUUUUGAGCGCUAGCACGACCUGUGAAUUUUGUGACCGUACUGAAGAUGUUUUUAUUCUUUAUCAUUUAGAAACGAUCCAUAUGAUCAUGGUAUUUUGACUUUCAAGUCGUACUUGUAGCCAAUAUCACGUUGAAUUCUGUUACU